AUGGCGCCCAAGAGAAAGUGCUCAUCCGAAUCGACUCGCAAUAGGAAUGCAAUCCCACGCAGCGCGGCUAGCACAUCGCGCGGGAACCCAGGAAAGAAUAAUAACCAGAAACCUAUUGCGCAUUUCCUUAAGGCAUUUAGGUCUUUCAUAGACGAUUACGAACAAAGCUUCCCAGAACAACCCAGCAGCCCUCCCUCUUCUCCCGACGCCAUCCCGGAUACGCAGGUGGUUCCAGAGAGUCCACGGUCCUCCCAUUACGAUGAGCUUCCUAGCACCUCAGCCGCUCUAUUCAGCGAUGCCCAACUGUCAAGGGCGGGAUCAUACAGUAGAUCGGAGCCGGUUCGGACUAGGUCCCAAUCUAAAUCUUCAUCUGCGUCUCGUGCGAGGGGGAAGGUGACAGCUAAGUCGACGCGUGUUAAUAACCCUGUUGCCCCCAGUUCUUCCAAUCGCUCACAGGAAAAGCGGCCCAGGGCGCAAUUACCGGAAUCAGCUUCUUCUUCCGCAGCCGAGGAUGAGCAGCAGGAACAAGGGGAGGCCCUCAGUACGCCUUCAGAAGACAAGCCAUCAGGGAAGAGGCGUGAGAAGAAGAAGCACAUCUGCAGGAAAAGCAAGUCAAGGAGGGACGACACCGACGAGGAGACAGGUAGUUCUUCUUCCGAGUAUGAUAGUGAUGCGUCCUUAGGGUCUUACUGGGGUAAGGGAGAGGAAGUUUCCGGACUUCCCGACUGGGCUCUCUCUAGGAGGGCCAACAGCCAUCGAAAGAAGUUCGGGGGGACUCAGGAGUGGAAGGACGGAGCUCUGGUAAAGGCUUCUACAAUUUCCACUUACUCAACGUCCGAUGUUAUACCCGGUGACCAUCUCUCCCCCAAAUUGCGUGCAAAAAUUUUGAAUGGUGAGUUUGUCGAUAUGUUCAAGCUAGUUCCCCCAACAGAGGAGUUAGGUAGGGGCGAAAAGAGGCCUUCCCACGGAAAACGGAAAAGCAGGUACCCUUCCGUGCCUCGGACAUUCGAGAACUGGCUAGACGGGUUUCAGGCCUUUAUGGGGACAAUAGUUGCAGCCUAUCCUAAACGGGCUGUUCACUUGGUUGCUUACCUUUCUCACAUUCGAACGGCUUGCGCCCUCUCGGGGGAAGCCGCCGCCAUAAAUUAUGACAAGAAGUUUCGUAGAAAGGCCUCCAGGAUCCCACUUGCACGCUGGGACCAGAUCGAAAAUGGCAUCUG